AUGGCCGCCGCACCCGUCGCCCCGCCGCCGGCGUCCGCGGACGACGAGAUCGUCUACGAGUCCAUGCCCUGCAUCCGCGUCUACAAGAACCGCGUGGAGCGCUACUUCGGCACCGAGUUCGUCGCCGCCUCCACGGACGCCGCCACGGGCGUCGCCUCCAGGGACGUCGUCAUCUCCCCCAACGUCUCCGCGCGCCUCUACCUCCCGCGCCUCGACGACGAGAGCGCCGCCAAGCUCCCCAUCCUCGUCUACUACCACGGCGGCGGCUUCUGCCUCGGCUCCGCCUUCAACCCCACCUUCCACGCCUACUUCAACACCUUCGCGGGCCUCGCCAACGUCCUCGUCGUCUCCGUCGAGUACCGCCUCGCCCCGGAGCACCCCGUCCCCGCCGCCUACGCCGAUUCCUGGGACGCGCUCGCCUGGGUCGUCUCCCAUCUCGCCGCCCCUGCCGCCGACGACUCCAACCGGGACCCGUGGAUCGCGGGCCACGCCGACUUCUCCCGCCUCUACCUGGGCGGCGAGAGCGCGGGCUCCAACAUCGCGCACCACAUGGCGAUGCGCGUGGCCGCGGAGGGGCUGGCGCACGGCUCCCGGAUCCGGGGCCUCGUCAUGAUCCACCCCUACUUCCUGGGCACCGACAAGGUGCCCUCCGACGACCUCAGCCCGGAGGUGCGCCAGAGCCUGGGCUCCCUCUGGCGCGUCAUGUGCCCGACCACCACGGGGGAGGACGACCCGCUCAUCAACCCGUUCGUGGACGGCGCCCCGCCGCUGGCGUCCCUGGCGUGCGGCCGCGUGCUCGUGUGCGUCGGCGAGGGCGACGUGCUCCGCGACCGCGGCCGCGCCUACUACGACCGGCUCAGGGCCAGCGGGUGGCCCGGCGAGGCGGAGAUUUGGCAGGCGCCCGGCAAGGGACACACGUUCCACCUCCUGGAGCCAAGCUGCGAAGAGGCCGUCGCGCAGGACAAGGUCAUCAGCGACUUCCUCAACCGCUGA